UUUCAUCUAGACGUUGCGUCACGCUAGCUGAAUCAAACCAUGCAAGUUCCCAUUCCCUUAUUACAUGGCCCACCUCGGAGCUAGCUUGACAAAGCGACGUGAAUCUCCGUUUUAUGCUUGAUACUCAAUAUCAGAAGUAGCCCAGACCACGGUGUCGAUCGACGAUGGAGGUACGACCCUUAUUACCCUUCCCUCAGCGUGGAAUGGUUCGUAAUAUACGAUUUACGAAUUUCCGACAGACGAAGAACUACAUGAACCGGCAUAGUUCAUGCCACCGUGUUUUCCUUUAUGUCCGAGUCUCCUGUAAAGGUGGACCGCUGAGGAUAUACGGAAGAAUUUAUUUUGGGAAUACGUCAAAUUUUUAUUUUUGGUCGCGCCUGAUUCAAGUUACUACUCGGCGCCAAUGCCUGAUUCUUGUCUUAUGUUCCUUGUUACAGCUAUUCUCUACGAUGAUAUUUGAGCAAUGCACGUCUUUCUGCCGAGAUAAUCUUAUGGCACAGGUUCCGGCGCACGGAAACAUUUCUUUCACUCAAGUCUCUCAGGAUUGUACGAUCUUCCUUCGCAUGUCCUCACGUAGGCCCGCCCCUGCAGGCAAUUUUACGACAUGGGUUACGACUCACGAAACGUUUCCGUUUCUUUCACCAGAGUCUCUCAGGAUUGCAUGAUCUUCCUUCGCAUGUCCUCAUGUAGGCCCACUCCUGCAUCGGUCUUCUAUCUCAAAGAACCUUGCGCGAUUCGAAGGAGAAACACAACUCAUUCGAUUCAAACUCGGGGUAUGGACGGGCUCGAGCUUUGAACAAUAAUUA